AUGAAGGCCUGCGUGAAUGAGAAGGGCCAGAUCCAGGCCUUGGUGGUGACCUCCACCGUGGACGAUGCCCUGUGGAUCCACGCCGUGUUCACCAACGAGGAGUUCCGGCGCCAACGAUACGCGCACCGCUUGAUCGCCUCCGUGAUGAGUGAGGCGGGGUGCCGCACCGUCCGAGCCGCGCUGCCCAGCCUCAACCCCGGCUCCCAGGCCCUGUUUUCUGGGCUGGGAUUCCACCACGUCACCGACGUCCUAGCCUGGCCAAGCUGGGAGACCUCCAGCGCGCUGCACCUCUCCAUCACCCAGGGGCUGUCGGUGGAUCUAUUAGUCCUGCACCCGCCCCAGGAGCAGGAGGCCCACAGCAUUGCACACGCCGCCAAGGCAAGGGGUGGUGCGAGGGACUUCCUGCCCGGCGAGCGCACGCUCUUCCCCCUCACCCACUCUACCAUGGUGGCCGCGCUGAGUGAGCGCCGGGUCUGGGCGCUGCCGGGCCCCGACGGCAAGCCGGUGGCGGUGCUGGCGGGGGCCACCACGCCGCGCGGCAUGGCCAUUGCCAGCGUGGCGGCCGCCUCGCCCGCAGGCCUGGAGGCGGCGCUGGUGGCCGCGCGCCUGCACCUCCCCCGCGCCUGCCGCUUCUACAUCCUCGCCGGCUGCGACCCGCUGCGCCUCAUGGGCGACCAGUUCUCCAUCACCCAAAUCUGGGAGCGGGCGGCGGGGCACCUCGCCAGCUGA